AUGUUGCUUCGUUUCGUGGCACUAGCCACAUCAGCAACCGGCUAUAUAGUCACUACUUUUGUCAAUGACAGAGCUACCUGCUAUCUGUAUCCAGAGUCUCUCCGACAUGACGGCCAGGCGGUUGACGAUGCGCCAUCGAUCCACCAAGCCUUCGAUGUGUGCGGCCAGAAUGGAGAUAUCAUUUUCACCAACCAUGUUUUCCACAUAAACUCAGUGAUGAACACAACAAAUCUGGCCAACUGCGACGUGGUUCUACAAGGGGAACUUCGCUUCUCAACUGACAUCGCCUACUGGCUCUCUCACUCGUACGACGUCGUUUUCCAGAACCAAUCAACCGCCUGGCUCUUCGGCGGCGAGAACGUCACUUUCCGCGCCGAUGGCGGCUGGUAUAACGGCCAAGGCCAGGCAUGGUACACACAGAACCAAAACCACAGUAACCAGCCCGGCCGACCGAUCAGUAUCACUUUCUUUGAAUCCAAGAACCUGCUCGUGGACGGUCUCCGGAUCAUCCAACCCCAGUUCUGGGCAACCUUCGUCACAUACAGCAAGAACGUCUCACUUAGGAAUUUCUAUGUCAAUGCGACUAGCAAUGACCAAUGGGGCACCGUGAACACGGAUGGGUACGACUCGUGGAACAGUGAUAAGCUUCUUGUUGAGAACGCAGUCGUGCAGAGCGGUGAUGAUUGCAUCGCAGCCAAAGGAAACACCACAAACCUCCACGUUAAGAACGUCACUUGCUACGACAACUUCGGUAUGACGAUCGGCUCUGUCGGACAGUACCCGGAUAUGCCCGACUAUGUCGAGAACGUGACCUUCGAAGACGUGAGAUGUAUCAACUGCAUGGAAGGCGCAUUCAUCAAGACCUGGCAAGGCGUCACGAACGAGGAUAAUCUCAACAAUGAUGCCGGCGGCGGCGGUAGCGGUUUGAUCAAGAACGUCACCUUUCGCAAUUUCGAAAUGACCAAUGUCGCCCUGCCAAUUCAGAUAUCGCAGUGUAUCUACACCGAGGCAGAUGGUAAAUACUGUAACACGUCCAAGAUGGCGAUUGAGAAUAUUACCUGGUCGAACAUCAGAGGUACCACGAGGUUUAAUGUCGGCGCGUCGAUUUAUUGCUCUGAUGUUCACCCGUGUCCGGGUAUCAAGUUUGAGAAUGUUCAUCUUGAGUCGGUCAAUCACACGCUUGGCUUGCCGAUGUAUGGGACUACGCUGCAGGAGGAGGUUUAUCAGUGUAAGAAUCUCAUUGGGCAGGAUGGGUCUGGUAUUCCUUGCAAUCGGGUUGCGCCGAAUAACUAUGGCCAGGUUGUGACCUCUAAUAUUAAGGAGUAG